AUGAGCAAGAUUGUAGUAGCAUUUGAUCUCUAUGGCACUUUGUUGUCUACCGAAAGCAUCGCACAAGAGUUGGCAUCCCACUUCGGAGAUGACAAAGCCAAGUCUAUCGCGGCUGUAUGGCGGAAGUACCAGCUGGAGUAUACAUGGAGGCUAAAUAGCAUGAAAAAAUACGAACAUUUUUCAGAAGUGACUAAGAAGGCACUGAAGCACGCAUUAGCCGAGCAUAGCGUAGGCCUGAACGAUCAGCAAAUUGACAAGUUGAUGGAAGCUUAUGAUUCUUUGUCCACGUUUCCGGAUGUCAACCCGGCCUUGAGACGGCUGGGAGAGAACAAGAACAUUGAAAGUGUUGUUUUCUCGAAUGGGACACAGACUAUGGUCAGCAACUCGGUUCACAAGUCUGGAAGCCUAGAUUCGAGUGUCUUCAAAGACCUGGUGACAGUUGACGCAGUGGAGAUGUUUAAGCCAGCUCCCGAAGUAUAUCAAUAUUUGGCCAAGAAAGUUGGCAAGGAAGGGCAAGAAUCUGACCUGUGGCUUGUGUCGGGCAAUCCCUUUGAUAUUGUUGGAUCACGGGCGGUCGGAAUGCAGGCUGCAUGGGUCGAUAGAGCUGGUAACGGAUGGCAGGACGCACUUGGUCAGGGGCCAACAGUUGUUGUCAAGAGCUUGGAGGAAGUGGUUGAUGCUGUUGAAAGCCACACCAAAUAA